GUCAGCUGUCAGUGUUGAGGUUUGUUUUGUGUGAUGCGAUUGUUUUUUUUCGAUUUCUUGGGUGUUUUUAUUAAUUAAAGUAUGAGAUAAUUAUUUACUGAGACUGGGUAAGCCCUGCAGGUAAACCAGAAGAAAAUGAUUAGAGCAAAGUGAUACAUCCGGGUAAUAAUAAUAAUGCGCUGGAGUGAAACGGUCACUUUAGAGUUUGUGAAAAUAUAUUUGCGGCAUGAUUGUCUUUGGAACCCCUCGCACCCUGGCUACAAGCUCAAGCACCAGAGGGAAAAGGCUUACAAUGACAUCAGCGCCGAGUUCGAAAAUGCAACUACAAAAACUCUGAGUGUCCUGGAAGUGAAACUAAAGAUUAAAAACCUCAGGACGACAUACAUGCAAAUGGUGCACAAAGUAUUGGAAAAAUCCAGUCCUGAUUCAAUUUAUGAGCCGUCAUUGAUAUGGUUUAAUGAAAUGGACAACUGCUUGAAACAUUUAUCUACAAACCGAUAUUCCUCAUCUUAUAACCAUUCUCAAGAAAAUCCUGAAGUGGACUCGUCAUCACAAAUCUGGGUCGACCAACAAAUACCCAACCAGAGCAUUGAGGACAUCAACCCGGACCCACUCAUCCCUCACACUGACGAAGAAAAUGAAGUCUCUAAAGAGGAAACUACGAAAUCUCGAAUAAAAAGGGAAAUGAGAUCUUCACCUUUACAUUAUAAGAGGAUUAAGAAGAAAAAAAGUAAAACGCGGAACUCUACUGAUUAUUUUACAGACUCAAACUCAGAGAGUGCUGUAAAGAACCAAAAUUCAAAGGCGAAGGAGGAUGAGUUUGAUAUCUAUGGCAAGUACAUAGCAUCCCAGCUGAGGAGAAUGGAGCUGCGAAAGGCUUUGAGACUUCAGCUUGAGUUUCAAACAUUAGUGAGUGAAGCACGGAUCUCUGAAAUCAGUGAUUAGGGUUUAUUCAAUAAUUAAUAUUGUAAAUUUGUGGUUUGUAGGGAAAUAAACAGAAGAGUGUUGAGCAAUGCUUAUGUAUGUAUUGUUUUCAGGCAAUAACUAAGUAAAAUUAAUUGUAUUUAGCUUAAUGUUCUUAAAAGUAUAUGUAGUGGUAGCCUGUAAAUAACUCUCGAUAAUGUUUCUUAAUAAACAGUUAAUGCCAAAGAAUAAAAAGAG